AUGGACUCGCUCAGACCAUCAGCUGAGACCAUGGACUCGCUCAGACCAUCAGCUGAGACCAUGGACUCGCUCAGACCAUCAGCUGAGACCAUGGACUCGCUCAGACCAUCAGCUGAGACCAUGACGCUCAGACCAUCAGCUGAGACCAUGGACUCGCUCAGACCAUCAGCUGAGACCAUGACGCUCAGACCAUCAGCUGAGACCAUGGACUCGCUCAGACCAUCAGCUGAGACCAUGACGCUCAGACCAUCAGCUGAGACCAUGGACUCGCUCAGACCAUCAGCUGAGACCAUGACGCUCAGACCAUCAGCUGAGACCAUGACGCUCAGACCAUCAGCUGAGACCAUGACGCUCAGACCAUUAGCUGAGACCAUGACGCUCAGACCAUCAGCUGGGAACAUGGACCGGUCAGCUGCCCUGCAGGUGUUAGCAGACGACGUGGUCUCGAACCGAACAUAUGGCCCUGACCACGAUACGGUGGCCCUCUUUGUCCAAACUAUGCUCAACCAGAACUGGCAAGUCUUACAGGAGCGCAUGGACAGACCGUUGACAGAAGCCCAUUUGACUCAAAUCACAAAGAAAACUUUUGAAGUCAUGAGCGACCUAAUGGUUUCAGUCGUCCCAAUCAUGCUGUCCCAUCAGCAACCCCUGGAACAAAACAGAAUCAUUCAUUUGGACAAACAUGUAAGAUUUGCAAGUCCUAUGACGUGUGAUAUGGAGUUCAUGGACACGCGCGCAGAGGAGGUGAUGUCCAUUAUUACUUCAAGUUUUCAAAGAAGUUCAAAAGUUGGAGCCAAGGAUAAAAGAGAUGCUGGGAAAGUACUGCAGGCUCUGGCUUCUACCAUCAGCAGCUCCACAGAAGCGCCACAGAAAGAAAUGGCUUCAGACCAACAGUCGCAAACAGGGAAGUCUGAAAGUGACUAUGAGUACAACCCCCUGGAGGAGGACUAUGCAAUUUGUGCCUCCAUUUACAAACGUGUUUUGAUGUGCAUCCAUAAAGUAAAGGGCAGCAACACAGGCAGCAGUCUGAUGGUGCGCCCACAGAAAGUCACUGAUCAACUCUCUGACGCUGAAUUUCAGAGGACCACUUGUGAUGCGCUAGAGAAAUUCCUUCAGAAAAACUAUGAAAUCGCUUGCCUCAAACCUCAAAGCCACUGCUCAGAAACCAGAGUGCGCACUGUGGCCUCAGAGCUGCUGGACACAGUCAGACAUUCAGCAAAUGAGAUGUGUUCCCCAAAAGUCAACUCUAACAUCAAAGUAUCACAGGAGACUCUACAUGAGACGGCUCUGGAUUUGAAAGAACACUUAAACAUCAAAAUAGUUAGAUUUUUCUCACACACAGAGUCAGCUGCAGAUCAACCCGAAAUCCUCAGCAAAAGUAAACUCUCUCUGUUUGCAUCACUACUCACUGAAAACGUCUACAGCAUAUACUGUCAGCAGGCUGAGAGUGAGCAGGAAGCACAGCUGAACCCUAACUCCAGGCCUCAAACUGUCCCAGAGGUUCUGCCGCCCAUGAACACUAAAAUACAACCUACAAAUGAAGCGUAUGCAUUUGUGUCUGGAGCAAUGACAAGACUGGUCAACUCACUCAGCUUUCCCACUCAGAAGUCAAGUGACAGCAGCAGUGACCCGAGUGGGCAGAUCCCACUCAUGGCCAAACAGGCUCACCCAGACCGAGGUGUGGUGAAUAUUUAA